UGAGCUGAAAGGAAAUCAGGAAGAAAAAAGGAAAAAAAAAACAAGAGAGAGACAAGGAAGCUUUAGAAAACUGAGUCAACUUGGACGAUUCCUUACCUCAUUUUACACUCCCCCUGACUCAUACUCUUUGUCCAACUCAUUGGUUUCCCAAUCAGAUUCAAAGUUCAAUCGACAUUUCACUGUUCCCUUUCUUUCAGAUUUUGGAAUCCGGUUGGUUUGGAGUUCUCUAUCUGUUUAUGGAUGCUAAAGAUGGCGGAUUUAAUGUACUGUAGGGAUUAGAUCUUCGUUUUGGUGUGCCAAGUCUGUUGACCGGGUGUUGUCUUUUAGUUGUUUGGGUUGUUUUUUUUGGUUUUAGUUUUAUUGAUUGAUGGUUGUUGGUAAAAUUGGAGUUUUUUCUGGUCCAUUUCUGAUCAGCUUUGGAGUUCAGAUCUUCUCAAAGGGGAAGAAUCUCUUGUCCAUUGUCAACUCUGCUCCCGGCUACCUGGAAAUCCGUGAUUGAUAUCUCUUGUAUUUUCAUGUCUCGGAAGUUGGACAGUCCUGUUCAAACUCAAAUGGCAGUGGCAGUGUUUAACAGUCCUCUUAGAGGGGAAUAUCCUAGGGACAAUACGAUGGAAGGGAAGCAACUUGCUAGGAGAAGACGGGUUUUCGUUCAAACUGAGACUGGCUGUGUCUUGGGCAUGGAGUUAGAUCGCAGUGACAAUGCUCAUACGGUUAAGAGAAGGUUGCAGGUUGCCCUCAAUUUCCCUACAGAGCAAAGCUCGCUGACUUUUGGGGAUGUGGAGUUGAAGAACGAUCUUAGUGCUGUUCGAAAUGAUUCUCCGCUUCUCCUAACACGGAACUCUUUCCAUAGAAGUUCCUCUACUCCUUGUCUUUCGCCUACAGGAAGGGAUCUUCAGCAGAGAGAUAGAAGUGGUCCUAUUGAGAUACUGGGGCAUUCCGAUAGCUUUAAUGUAUUGAAAGUUCUGGUGAAGGAUGUUGUUAAGGCAAUUAAGAUGGGUGUCGAUCCACUUCCUGUUCAUAGUGGUCUAGGAGGUGCCUACUUCUUCAGGAAUCCUAGAGGUGAGAGUGCUGCAAUUGUGAAGCCAACAGAUGAAGAACCUUUUGCACCAAACAAUCCGAAAGGCUUUGUUGGGAAAGCCCUUGGACAACCAGGUUUGAAACGUUCAGUUCGGGUAGGGGAGACAGGUUUCAGAGAAGUUGUGGCUUACCUUUUGGACUAUGAUCAUUUUGCGAAUGUGCCACCAACAGCACUGGUAAAGAUUACUCAUUCAGUCUUCAAUGUCAACAAUGGUGUGAAUGGAAAUAAGCCUUUCAAAAAGAUUCUGGUUAGCAAGAUUGCAUCUUUCCAACAAUUUAUACCCCAUGGCUUUGAUGCUAGUGAUCAUGGAACCUCGAGCUUUCCCGUUUCUGCUGUGCAUCGCAUUGGGAUACUUGAUAUACGAAUAUUCAACACAGACAGACAUGCAGGAAACAUUUUAGUACGGAAGCUUGAUGGAAUUGGGGGGUUUGGUCAGGUAGAACUCAUUCCUAUUGAUCAUGGCCUUUGCUUGCCAGAAACUUUGGAAGAUCCAUACUUUGAGUGGAUUCAUUGGCCUCAGGCUUCAAAGCCUUUCUCAGAGGAUGAACUCGAGUAUAUAGAGAAGCUUGAUCCUAUAAAAGAUUGUGAGAUGCUGAGAAGAGAGCUUCCCAUGAUACGGGAGGCUUGCUUACGUGUUCUGGUGCUGUGCACAAUUUUCCUCAAGGAAGCUGCAGCUUUUGGUCUCUGUCUUGCUGAAAUUGGUGAGAUGAUGAGUAGAGAAUUUCGUACUGGAGAGGAGGAACCUAGUGAGCUAGAGGUUGUUUGUCUUGAGGCAAGGAGGCUGAUAGCAGAGAUGGAAUUGUCAUCUCCAAAGUCUGAUGCGGGUGAUGCAGAGUUCCAGUUUGAUAUUGACUAUGAGGAACCCGAAGCUGACUUCAACCCUAAAAUGACUAAUGAUGAUAUUAUGACCAGAGCUUCAAUCCAAUUUGGAAAUGGAUUUGUGAAUAACAACCGUUUUCCACUUCCAAAGCUGGAGGAAUGCUUUGAGGAAGAUGAAAGUGAAGGAGAAGCCGAGCAGGAUGGUUUUUCUCCUUUCAUAGCUCUUGAAAGGAUUCCGUCCGUUUCCAUAAUUUCAAUGUCACUCAAAGAUACCUGCUUAGGUGACAAGAACCAGAAAUAUCACAAAUUUUCUGGAACAAAACAAGAAAAUGGCUAUCUUACUAGCUCUUCUGGGCAUAGGAGUGCAAAUGAGCAACUUCCUGCAAGUGCCAGCUUUGUGAAGCUGGCUGACAUGAAUGAAGAGGGGUGGACUUUCUUCCUGGAGAAGUUCCUGGAGCUGCUCCACCCAGCAUUCAACAAACGAAAAUCCAUUACCAUAGGUCAGAAGCAGAUACAGAGGCUCGGUACAUCGUGCCAGUUUUGAGAUUGAGGUGGUAGGAUAUCGGUCCGAGUUUACUUGAGAAUGAGAUACAUGUAUUGUUAGGAUAGAUUCAGUGAUAUGGGUUUUGGCCCUGGGAAUGUUUUAGGAUGAAUCCCCCCCCUCCCUGUAAAUAUUCUUUGGCUUCAGCUAUGUAGAGAGCUGAAGUUCGUAGAAUUUGUUGCAUUUCUUCCUUAAGCUUUUUGCUUUCAUUUGGUUGUUUUUC